AUGGAGAAUAUCAAGAUCCACCUAGGGCAAAAGCAUAUAUGGGUGGACGCGCAAACGUUCCGCGCAUGGUUUCCCAAACAGAGGUCUGAAUACUCAAUACAAGGAGAUAUCUGGGUACAAAAGCUGCAUGGCUAUUUCAACGGUCAUUUCGGUAUACGGAAGGAGAUUGUUCAGAAGACUUUGGAGCGAUUCUUCGGUACACUCGGACCUUACGCGCAACAUGGCAAUGGGGAGACACGACAUCGUGUUCGUCAGGUCCUCCGGCACUAUCUCGAUCAGCAGUGCCUCAACAACGCUUAUAGGCCCAAAGAUCUCCAAUGCUUGCGGCACACAUUCGUCAUUCUAGUGCAAUUGGCGCGGAAGUAUGAGUCCUUGCUGCUCGCCGAGGCGUUGUCAACUUUCUGGGACCAGACCAAGAGCAAGAUUAACCGCCACGAGAAAAGCGAGUACUUGGCAGACUGGAAGAAGGCAGCGGAAAAGCUUGAAGAAUCGCAUGCAGUCCGCCCUUUGUCUGCUCUCAUUCCACAGCGUCAUGGCCGAGGACGGCCAGCACCUGGGGUAAAAUACGGGCGCCGCAAAGUGGAUUUCCGACUUGACGCCCAGGCUUUCGCCAACCCAGCAUGGGCGCCUCAUGGAAUUGCACCCGUCGGAUAUCGUCGAGACGAGUAUUUUGCCAAGCUGAACAGGAUUCAACAUCAGCAGCGGGAGAUGAAGGAGACACUAGAGAAUGUGAAUGGAAAGCUAGACCGGCUGAUACGUGGCGCAUAUUGA